AUGGCAGAAGACCUUCCACAAGGGAUGACUCUAGAGGAUUACUCUAGCUCUGCUACCCCUCAGUACUUCACUAACAUAGCCAAACUAGAAGUUCAAGCGCUGAUCCAAGGGAAUCUAUUCCAUGGCCUACCAAAUGAAGAUCCAUAUGUGCACUUGGCCACAUACAUCGAGAUCUGCAACACGGUGAAGAUCGUGGGAGUUCCAAAAGACGCCAUCCGCAUCAACCCAUUCUCAUUCUCCUUGGUCGGUGAAGCAAAGAGAUGGCUUCACUCGUUCAAGGGGAAUAGCCUGUGGACAUGGGAAGGGGUGGUGGAGAAGUUCCUGAAGAAGUACUUUCUAGAGUCCAAGACCGCUAAGGGAAAGGUGGAAAUCUCAUCCUUCCACCAAUUCCCUGAUGAAUCGCUAAGUGAAGCACUUGACCACUUCCAUGGGUUGCUCCAGAAGACUCCUACACAUGGGUUCAGCGAGCCAAUCCAGCUCAACAUAUUCAUUAACAACUUGCAACCCCAUUCCAAGCAGCUACUCAAUGCCUCUGCCGGUGGGAAGAUUAAAUUGAAGACUUCAGAAGAAGCCAUGGAGCUGAUAGAGAAUAUGACAGCCAGUGAUCACGUCAUCCUCCGUGAUCGAGCAUACGCACCCACAAAGAAGAGUGUUCUUGAGCUCACUUCUCAAGAUGCUAUGUUAUCUCAAAACAAGCUCUUGGCCAAGCAAUUAGAGACCCUCACAGAAACUCUGAGCCAGCUCCCUCAGCAGCUGCAUGCAGUGCAUCUUUCUCCAUCUCCAGUCAUGCACAUUAAGGGAUGCAAUAUCUAUGGUGGGGUUCAUGAGUCAAGCUUAUGCAUGGCUCAAGACGAUGCAUUCAAGGAAGUCAACUACAAGGUCAGUCAGAAUCAUCAAGGAUUCCAUCAAGGAGGUCUGCCAAGGUACUAUCAACAAGGAAAUUUCUCUCAGGGCCAAGGUUGGAGAUCCCAUCCAGGGAAUAACUUCAACAAAGACCAAGAAGGUUCAUCCAAUAGACCUCCUAAACAAGGCCCAAAUCUAUAUGAGAGAACCACCAAGUUGGAAGACACGCUGACACAGUUCAUGCAAGUUUCCCUGUCAAUCCAAAAGAGCACUAAGUUAGCCAUCAAGAAUUUGGAGAAUCCCAAGGAGGAACGUAAGGCAGUUGUCACUCGAAGCCAGAAGAAGGAGAAUGCUGAGGAAGAAAAGAGAGUUGAUGGAGUACUAGAGGAUGUGAGCAAUGAGGAAGGAAAUGAUACAAAGAGGGAAGAAGAUGAUGAGAGGAAGGAGAAUGACAAGAAGAUCUUAAUCCCUAAGACUAAGAGUCAAUUAGCUCGGGAGGCUAGAAGAGAAAUACCACCAGCCCAAGUAAAGGAAGCCCCGUACCCUCUGGUGCCAUCAAAGAAAGAUAAGGAGCGCUACUUCGAGCGGUUUAUAAACAUCUUUAAGAAACUUGAGAUCACCAUCCCUUUUGAAGAGGCCCUACAACAGAUGCUAUUGUACACCAAAUUCCUAAAGGACCUUCUCACUAAAAAGGGAGUACAUCAACAACGAGAACAUUGUGGUAGAGGGCAAUUGUAG